AUGGCGGCAGAUUCAUCAUCCUCGUCGUCAGCAACGGCCGCUGACCGGGAUGUAGAAGCGCAGCAGGCACAAAGGUCACGAAAACAUUCUCAUUGGAGUGUUUUGGUCGACCAAGCUGGUGUUGAUGACGCCGUUCUCAACCACAAGUAUCCUGGCCAGGGUACACAUGAGUCGCCGUAUCUCGUUGAUUUCUUGCCCGUCGACCCGAGAAAUCCAAUGACAUUCUCUAGCCCCUUCAAGUGGACAGUCAUGAUCGUUGCAGCGAUAUCGACUCUGGCGGUUUCGUUUACCAGCUCCGCAUACUCGGGCAGCGUUCGCUCCAUCAAUGAAGAAUUUCACGCCUCGACAGAGGUCACCAUUCUAGGAGUGUCCAUGUUCGUCCUCGGGUUUGCCAUUGGGCCUCUGUUCUGGGCUCCGUUUUCUGAGCUUUAUGGCCGACAGAAGCUCUUUUUCCUGACGUACAUGGCCCUUACAGCUUUCAAUGCGGCUGCCGCUGGCGCACCAAACAUGAUAGCCCUCAUUGUGUUGCGCUUCAUGGCUGGCGCAUGGGGAUCUUCGCCGCUGACCAACUCUGGCGGCAUCAUUGCAGACCUGUUCACAGCCAAAGAACGAGGAAUCGCCACCAGUAUCUUUGCAAUUGCUCCCUUUCUCGGUCCGGCCUUAGGCCCCAUUGCUGGCGGAUUUCUGGCCGAAGCCGAAGGCUGGAGAUGGGUGGAGGGCCUCACAGCUAUUUUUACAGGCACACUCUGGAUUAUCCAGUCACUCGUUGCCCCUGAGACUUACUCCCCAGUAUUGUUGCGUAAGCGAGCCGAGGAGUUAUCAAAACGGACUGGCAAAGUGUAUAUAUCCAAGGUCGAUGCGGCGAUGCCUCGCAAAACUCUGUUUGGCCAAAUCAAGGUCAACCUCUCUAGACCUUGGGUCCUCUUGUUCAAGGAGCCUAUUGUAUUCCUCACCAGUAUUUACAUGGCCAUCAUUUACGGUACGCUGUACCUUUGCUUCGCCGCCUUCCCGAUUGUCUUCCAAUCUCCUUAUCCCCAAGGCUGGGGUUGGAAACCUGGCGUUGGAGGGCUUUCCUUUGUGGGUAUUGCAAUUGGCAUGAUUGCUUCGGCCACCGGCUCGAUAUUGGACAAUGGACGAUAUGCGCGCACGGCUGCAAAACAUGGCGGCGUCGCACCUCCGGAAGCGCGACUUCCCCCAGCUGUAGCCGGGAGUGUCCUUCUCCCGGUUGGUCUUUUCUGGUUUUCAUGGACCAACGGUACCAAUGUUCACUGGGUUGUACCCAUUAUCGGGUCAUCGAUUUUCGCUGCCGGCCUGGUUCUUGUUUUCUUGUCACUUCUCAAUUAUCUGAUUGAUUCAUAUGUCAUAUACGCAGCCUCCGUUCUGGCCGCCAGUGCUGUGCUUCGAUCACUGUUUGGGUGUAUUUUCCCGCUGUUCACAGGAAAGAUGUACGAGCAUCUAGGUGUUCACUGGGCUAGUUCGAUCCCGGCAUUUUUGGCUCUCGCCUGCAUGCCGUUCCCCUUCUUGUUUUACAAGUAUGGCGAGAAGAUUCGCCUCAAGUGCAAGUACUCUGCAGAGGCAUCUCAUAUUCUUGAGAAAAUACUGGCCAAGCAGCAACCGGCGCAGGAAGACGAAGGGAUAACCGAGUGCGAAGAGGGAGGCAGAGAAAAGGGGAACCAAGAUACCAAAACAGCGCCGACGACUGAAGUGAAGUAG